AUGACAGAAAAUUCGCGACCCAAAACGUUUAAAAUCGUUUCUAAGUUAGGGGACCAGCUAAAGGACACAUGUGUAACACUCGAAAAUGACACAGAGGACGUCGAUGUCGAUACGUUGCUGGAUGACAUUGAAGACUAUCUUCAGGGUUCCGUAGCAUCGCAAAAUUCCGGUCAACUUGCCGUGCUACCACCCGUGAUCAAGUUUAACAAAAAUUGGACGCUGUCUGUAACUGAUCUAUCAUGCCAACUUUGGUGCGAAAAGCAGGUCGAAUAUACCCUAAUAACCGGUAGGAAGAGGGUAACGGAGGAAAUGGAAUCGGGAACCAAGCGACACGAAGAACUAGAACUGCAAGACCACGAAAUCAUGGAGGUCCAGAUAGAGACACACGAAGACAACCUGGGAAUAAGGCUGUUGAAUAGCGUCAUACUCCUUGAGCAACUCUUGGAAACUGGAAAGUGCAGAGAAUUGUGGCUAUUCGGCACCUUUGGAAACUACACAUUCUGUGGUAUCAUUGACCAGUUGACCAUCGUAGAAGACAAAGCUACAAAAGAAAAGAGCGUUGUAAUAUCGGAUACAAAAACAAGAAGGUGCAAAAAGGAACCUUCAAUAUCACAAAUGCAGGGAUCAUCCUUGCAAGUACAGUUAUACUGCACCAUGUUAGAAGAAACCAAAAACGGGAAGAUAGAAUUCAAUAAGCUUCAUGAAACCUUCAAAUGCGAUAGAUUCACAGAAUUCUCGGCGCCAGAACUAAAGCCGGAGGGCUGUCUAGAUGCCCUCGAAAAAAAGUAUCUAAAAGCCUUCAAAAGGCUGCCAAGGAUCUCAAAAACCAUGGAGAUAUCCUAUGAACACGAAGGAUCCGUGUUCUCUACGUCAAAUGUCGACUUGAAGAAGGAAACACUCCUAUUCACGGUAAACUACCUUUGCGACUUUUGGGACGGUUUACGUGACGCUGAGCCUGUCAAGAAGAGCGAAAUGUGGAAGUGCAAAAUGUGCGAAUUUAAGGAUGAGUGUACCGUAUCGCCGCUCAAGCUCGAUACUGAGGAUUAG